AUGGCCGAGGCAAGCGACGCGCCCUCCUCCUCCGCCGCCGCGCUCGACGUUGUCUUCUACGUCGCCCGCUCCGUCUGGUCCGUCCGCUGGGGCCGGCACCUCUUCCGCGCCGCGCGCGUCGCCGCCCUACCACUAUCCCUCGUCACCGUGCCUUUGCGCCACCUCGCCUCCGCCGUGCUCGUCCUCUGCGCGCCGCUCCUCUACCUGGUCGGCUUCGCCGUCGCCGCCGCGCAAGGCACUCUGUCCCUGCUGGCCAGCCUCAAGCUCUCUGCAGCCGCUGGCAUCGGCAUCGUCGCGGGCGUCGUCCUCGGCGCCACCUCGUCCGUCGUUACCUCGUACCUCGGCAUGCAGGACUCCGACGAGGACCGCUACGAGCGCGAGCGCGACUCCAUCGACUACUACUACGACCGCGACGACGAGGAGGUGGAAUACGAAGGGCGCGACUAUCGAUACGACCCGGACACAUAUCCCGAUUACCGAAAACAACACCUGCGCGCCAGCGACCCCGACGUCCUUCUUAAGCGGCGCCUUGCCCGCGGCCUGCUGUCGCAAACGAUUCACGAAGAAGACGACUCGUCUGGCGAGUGA